ACUUGAUAAAGACUAUAGGUCAACCCAGAGGGCAUGUUUCGUCAUAUGUUAUUUUCACAACAAAAGUGUUGAGCAGAUAUACAGAUCGGUCAGAAGCGUCGAACAUCUACGGAAAUUAGUACGAUAUUGCACGAAGUAGGAAAUGCAGACGUGGAUUAAAAAAGAAACAACAGCAAUCGAAAGAGUAGUCUAUCUGAAACAGGAAUGGCAGAGUUAACUGAUAAUGAUAGUAGCCCUGUCAUACAGAGUGGUCCCUCAACUCAUUUAGACAACUUUGAAGAAGUGAGCACCAAUGUAUCUGAGUUUGCCCAGGUAAUCUUCAACAAUGUUCAGGAGUGUUAUUUGCCAGGAAGUGAUCUCCAGUGCAACUACACCCUGACUUCGGCCAUCAGGCCCCAAUCUCGGGACUGGAUUGGAGUUUUCAAAGUGGGCUGGACAUCAACUCGUCAGUACAGGGCAUUUGAAUGGGCUCCCAACCCCACCCAGCUAACUGAUGGUGAUGAAUGGACCCAUGAUAUCACGUUUAAAGCUUACUAUCUACCCAAGGAUGAAGAUUGUGAGUACUACCAGCUGUGCUACAUUGAUGCGGCUGGUAAGAUGCGAGGAGCCAGCACCCCAUUCCAGUUUCUGGAGCAGUCAGCUGAUGACUUUGUCCAAGUACUUGAUGAUUCUAUGGAUAUCCUCAUGAUACACAAUAAGAGUGAGUAUUGUGUGGAGGAGCUAAAACGAGUUCAGGAGGAGAAACAUGAGAUUGAAGAAGAGUGCAAGUCUCUCAAAGAGAAGGUGAUUGCCCUGGGAAAGGAGCUCCAAGAUGCCAAGGACCAACUAGACAGUAUCACACAAGAAUAUGAGGCCUGUGCUCAUGACAACAAAUCCAUGGAUGAGAAGCUGAAGAGUAUGACAUGUGAGCUGGCUGAAGCCAAAGAAAGGGUUACAAAUCUUUCUGAGGAAGCAGGUAACUAUGAGAGCUCUCUCCAACAAACUGAGGGUGCUUUCAUGGAGGUUGUCAACCGAGAGCUUGCUCUCCGCAACAAGCUAGAUGAACUGGAGAAACAACACAAUCAAGUGAUGUCAGACAGAACUAGUCUAAAGAGCAAAUUGGAAUUGAGUGAAAAGAACAACACAGAGAUGUGUGAAGAGAUUGAUAACCUGAAGCAGCUGCUGUCACAUAGUAAUGAGACUCACCAGGAGGUUAGAGAGAGUGAGGUCCGUAUCAAAGAACAGUUUCUUAAGAUGCAACAAGAGUUACAACAAUCUAGCAUGGAGAAGGAACAGUUGCAGAUGAUGGAGUGUCGCUUUUCAUCUGCUGAAUCAAGCCGUGUUAUCUUGGCCAAGGAGCUGGAUUCAUUGAAGAUGGUCCAAGAAAAGCUCUCCAAAGAUCUGGUUGCUGCCAAGACUGAGAAGGAAUCAUUGAAGGUGGCCUUGGAUCGUCAGACUAAGGAGAUGAAAGAAGAGAAGAAGAGAGUGCAGUUACAAAGCCAUCAAAAUAGAGAGAAAACAGCCCUUCUACAAGAACAGAUCAGUGCUCUAAAGGAUGGUAUACAACAACUUGCACAGGAGAAGGAGAUGGCAACCAAGGGUACCAAAGGAUCUCAGGAGGCCCAACAGAUUGCUACCAAGGACCUGAAAGACAAGGUCAGACGUACACAGUUUCAAUGCAAGGAGGAGGUCCGCAGACGUGCAGAGCUACAGAAGAAGAUGCAUGCCAUGGAGGCCACUUACCGCGAUGAAAACCAGGAGCUGAAGCGGGAGAUUGAGGAAUUGCGACUCCGUCUGCAGAUGGGCGCUGAAGAGUACAAGAAGAAGUACAGUGAAUGUCGCCAGCUAGAGGCAAAGCUGGAAAAGCGAAAAGUGAUGAAAGAAUCUAGCCAAACAAUGACAGCAUCAACAGACAGCACAUCUGAAUGGAAGGAUGUGGAGAAAAACAUGUCCUCUAUUGCUCAAAGUGGAGAGGGCAAUGGAUAUAUGAGAGGGACUCAAACAUUGGAGGUAGUGAGUAACAGUCAAGGUAGUCAGGUGGUUUCAGAGCAGACAUCUCAAGCAGUACAGGCAAUUAGUAGCCAGGCUACCCAAGGAAGUCAAAUCACCAACCAGGCAUCACAAGCUAUUCAAGCUACUACAGGUAUCCAAGCCUCUAACUUGACUACCCAAGCUAGUCAGGCAACAACCAACCAAGCCACACAGGGCAGCCAGGCAGCAGGAACCAAUAAAGAGAUGGGUACUCAAUCCGGACUGCCUGCCGUAGCAGUGAAGAUGGAGGGAGCCCUCCAGAGGCCAGCCUCUCGUGAUGAUACAUUUGAUCUGAAAGAGAUGCAUGAACAGAUGUGUUCUCUCUCCAAGGAACUUCAUGAGAGGAAGAAGGAGAUUGAUAGCUUCAAGCGCAUGUAUCAGGAGGAGCGUGAGAAGGCUUCACAUUUGGAGCGUGUAUGGCAGCUGAAAUACCAGUCUAUAGAGAGCAAGAAUACUGAGCUACAGGACAAGAACAAUAAGAUGCUUAAUGACUACACCAACAUGAAACACAGCUAUGAGAGUGUCAAGUUUGACAUGGAGUCCCAGCGCAGGUCAGCUCCAGCGCCUCAAGAACCUAGUGACCGACCAAAACAAUUUGUUAACCCAUAUGCUCAGCAGACCAGCCCUUCUCCUCCAAUGCAGAGUGGUAACCCUUCUCCAUUAGACUCUGUCUAUGGCAAUCCCUAUGGAGAAGGCGCUUUACCCUCAGCUCUCAUGGAAGUGUCUAUUGAUAGCAUGAACUUGGGCAGUAUUCGCUACCCUCCUGAUAUGGUUGAAGAUGCAGUCUUGUCUGAUGCUUCAGAUUCCAUUCCCCCUGCCUUACUGCCAGAGCCCCUCCAACCAGAUGUCCUACCAGAAGGGAAGAUAGCUGCAAUCAAGAUGAUGUCCUCCAAACUGGAAGGGAAGAAUGAUUGUGGGAUGGUUCAAACAGAACAGACUGAUGAUGAUAGGGAGGAUGCACAGUUUGUAGAUGCCCAGGAAUUCCCAGAAGAAGUGAUGACAAGCCCGACACCUGACCCCAUGGCCCCUCCCAUGCCAACCUGUCCACCCCCUCCACCCGAGGAGGAGCCUAAGAAAUGCCCAGAGUGUGUGAUUGAGUUCCCAUACAACUACCCUGAGGAAGAUUUUGUCAGGCAUGUUCAGAGGCACUUUGCUAAGCUUUGUCCUGUCUGUUCAUGUCUCCUAGAUCCUCAGAUCAGUCAGGUGGACUUCCAGGUUCAUGUUGAACGCUGCAUCAUGUCCCGCAACUGAGAGACUACUUCUUGGUCCUGUUUCAUUAAGAAGUGUUAUAAUAAUAAAUGCACAGUUUGUAUAAUAAGUUACUAUCAACCAAUCUAAUUGAGUGAGUUCAGUAGCUUAAAACUGUAAUUGAAAAGUUGUUAUUGUAACAAGUUUAUGAAAUUUGCCCCCUAAAAUAAAUGUGGCCUGCUCUCCUCCAGAUAUUGAAGUAAAGCCCUGAAACCAUAAUGAAAAAAUGUAGAUGAACAAUAAAUGUUUUUUCCUUCUAUAAAGAACUAACUCAUCCCUUUCUGUGACCAAAAUUUUAACCUACUUACAAAGUGCAACACAUACCCGACCCUGAAAAAAUAAUAUAUCUGAUAGAAAAGGGAAUCCCCAUACCUUAUUGUUAUAUGAUACAUCCCUUGUACUUGGAACAUACACCAUUCUCAUUUCUUAGUUCUUAAUCCUUUAAGAUGGCAUCCGGGGUUUUGCAAAUUAUGCCCUACAUCUGAAGUUGAGUACAUCUAUACAUUCUCAUUUUCUCUGAUUUUCUCAAGAUUUUAUUGUCUAGAAUCCAAGAUCUGUUUUGCAGUAUGUUAACUCUAAAAUUCUUGGACAAUCUAGAGAAAGAAGAAUAUGGAAUUACAACAAGUUCCUGUAGGAUGUCCACAAAUUUUGACAUUUGAUGCUUUUGUGAAAACAGCAUCCUCUUAUAAAUUUAGUAAAAUUCCCUCCAUUGACAUGGAGAUAACAACUAAGCUAUUAUUAUCCCUGUUCCUUUGUACUGAUCUCACGGAGGAUAAAGCAACAUUAAGCUAUUAUUGAAAUUAUUUAGAAAUAUAUAGCAAGUUUGCAAUAUCAAAACUCCAGAAUAUAUGUUACGACCCUUGAGGUGUGGCUCAAUCUGCAACAAAUAUUCUGACAUUGAAGUAUAUAGGAUGGUAUAUCUGAAGAAAUUGAUUGUGUGAGUUGAUAAUGUUAAGAGGAUUAAUUGUUACCAUUAUUUCUUUUGAGCAAAGCAUAAUGGUAAUCAAGCAAUUAAUAUAUUAAGAUUACUUGUAUGCUUCUUCUUGUCUAGAAUAAGAAUAUAUUUUCAUCCUUUUUAUCUCUAUGCUACUUACUUCUUUACAUGUGUGAGUAUGUGUAAAUAUAUACUUUUUUUUCUUCAUUAUCUUUGAUUAAAUGCUGUUUAUUUUUCUUAAGUUCGGCAGAAUUAAUUCUAUUCAUGUCUGACAAAAUAAAUCUAUCCUCUUGGAAAAUAUCUAGUCUGGAAUUCCUUACAUGUUCAUCAAUACCCAAGAUUAUUGCAUUUGUACAAUAAUUAUAGGCAUAUUUCAUUUUGACUAAGAUAUUCUUGUUGACAGUGGGUUACUUGUAUUAUAAUCUCUCUAAAAAUAUUUGUCUAUUUUAUGGUAUUAUUUUCAUCGCUUUGUUUGAAAUAAGAUUUUAUUUUUUCCAUUUUAUAAUGAUUGUCAUCUUCCUACCCUGAUAUGUUGAUAUAUUCAUGUAAUGAUCUAAUAAAAGCAAUCUGUAGUAUGCAUAAGACGUUAAGCAAUGGUAGUUCUACAUUUGGUAAGAAAAAUAGAUAACUAUAUUUUACUGUAUGUUUUGUUAUUUUUCAUAGUUAUGAGUGAGAACUGAGAAUGAGUUGUGUGAUUGAGUCAUUUCUAGCAAGCAUAUAAUAUUCAAUAAAAGAAAAUCCUCAGUAUAUAUCAAAAGCACAGUAUAUAUAGUGUAUGUAUAAUUCAUUACUUAUCUGAACUCCUACAAAAUAUAAGAUAAUGCAUGUUUGUCACUAAUAUUCAUCAUCAGGAUGUCUAGCUAUUGAUUUUGAACUGAAAUACUUCUGAACAUCCAAAAUUACGUUUUGUUCCUAUUCCUUUGCUCGGCCUAAUGCUUGUGAGUUGAAUUUAAAUGCAUUAUUACUUAGAUUACUGAAAAAUCACUGGAAAAUUGCUUCAACAGAUAUAAUUACAUAUUUGACUGUGUUCUUUAAGUACAUUUGAUUUAUAUUAAGGAACCAAGUGUUUGUUUGUUGUUGUUUUUAGUAGGGUCCCUUUAUUGCCAUGAUCUUCUGAAAAUUCUGUUACAUUUUUUUUUAUUGCAGUUUAAUUUCUAAAAAGUCAAUAUACAUUUUUUAAUUUAAUAGCUGAAUAUCACUUGUGAAAAUCUGAAGAAAUUUAUUGCAAUACUAAAAACUGAUUCAUAAACCAUACUUUACUCCUUAGAAUACAAUAUUAUUCUGUGAUUUGAAGGAAAUGAUGAUAUCAAUAGAUAACAAUGUAGAUAUCAAAAUAAAAGAGACUGAUCUUCUUACAUGACAGACCAAUUAUAAGAAAAUAAAAAUUCAUACAAUCUGAACGCAAAUAUAAUUAUUUAUACAGAAACUGCAAAAAUCUUUUUUUAAUGAAAUUUGUUGCUGUUUAAUAAGCUUGUGAAUGAAAAGAAUUAAUUAAACUUAUGUUUUUAUGUAAUUUAAGAGAUUAGAUUGUACAGUUUUCCUUUAUCUGUAAAUAAAUCUGUAGAGAAGUAACAAAGUUUUGCAUAUAUAAGUGACUACAAUAUCAUAUUACACAUACAUUUUUUGUUUGUAUUGCCUUAAUGCCUGACUUGAAUUAAGUUUACAUAGAUAGUGGCGCAACAUUAUGCUGUUAAUCUGUGUCUACAAUGGUAGAUGAAAUUGCAUCACAAUGGUUUUGUUCUGUAAAUAUAAUUUCUUAGUUAAACCUUGUGAUGAUAAAUGAUUUUUUCUUGAUACUAGUUAUUAUGAAUUCUCAUGUGUUUCUUUAGUAAUGUGCACCAUUUCUCAUGUGAUGUAGCUUAAUAAUUAAUGAAUUUGAUAAAGUAUGAUAAUGGCAAUCAUUCUGCAUUUAAACAUUGCAAGAGUGCUAUGUGUGUUUACCUAAUUGUUAUUGUGGAGUGCCUUUUGUGUUUAGUCCAUCUAUUUGUAGUAUGUUUUACAUUUUAAGGCAAUUUCCUUGCAGAACUAUAAAUGUAGAUGCAUUUGUGUACAUGUAUUUGUUCUUGUUUGUUUUCAGAUAACAGAAUUGGUUAAAAAGGACGAGAAAGAUCAAGUUAUCCAUUUCCUCUUUUUGUGCAAGAAAUUUGGUUUGGAGCAGAGCCAUCCUAGAUUUGAAAAUAAUAUUAAAUAGUGCAGAUAUGUACAUGUUGUUUGAAAUUGUCUAUUAUAAAUUGAAAAUGCAACAAAAUUGACAUAGUAGACAAAGAAAGGAACUGUUUCAGAUUUGUUUUACUCAUUUGGCUAAUUUUUACAUGGACUUUCAAAUUCAAACUAGAAUAAGACAAGACAUCUUAAUUGACAAACUGUGACCGAUUUCUGACCUUUUGUAAUUAAGAACUUGAGUUUUUUUUCCAUCUACCAGACUUUGAAGGUUUAAAUGCCAGCUCAUUACUAAAAAAGAAAGCUUAUGUUGUACUAUACUUAUUCUUAUUACUUUCUAGACUUUAAUGUAAUAUCCAACUAAGCAGAAUAUAUGACAUUUUAUCAAUUUAUUUUGGGGCUUUAUGAUGUUGGAAUAAACAUCUACUAUCAUGCAUAUUGUAAAAUUGUUAUUUAGAACAGCAUUUUAUUGUAGAAAUCAAUAAAAAAAAAUAGGUACACAUA